UUCCUCCUCUCACCUUCUCUCUCUCCCUCUCGCUCUCUCUUUCUCUCUCUAUAAAUAUAUAUCUCUCCCGCGCACUCUUUUUCCCGCCGCCAUUUGGACGGAAUCGAGCGUCGGAUGCAAUGGACCCGAAACCCCCGACGACGACGACGACGACGACGAAGCUCGCCUACUUCGACGACAUGCGCGCCCUCCGCUCCUCCGCCCUCCUCCUCGCCCUUCUCCAGGUGGAUGAUGGGCGCCUCGCGGCGAUCCUCGACGCCACGAUCUUCCACCCCCAGGGCGGCGGCCAACCGGCCGAUACCGGAUUCAUCAUCGCGGCCGCCGCCGCCGACGACGACGAUGGUGGAGGAUGCGGCGCCAAGUUCGUUGUCGAGGAUGUUAGAUUGAAGGAGGGAGUGGUUUUUCAUUAUGGGAAAUUUGAGGAUAGUGAAGAUGAAUGCCAAUCUAAACUCAGAGAGGGUCAGAAAGUUAGCUUGCACAUUGAUGCACAAAGGCGCGAAAUCAAUUCCAGGCUUCACUCCGCAGGCCAUUUGUUGGAUAUAUGCAUGCAAAAUGUCGGCUUGUCUCAUCUAGAACCUGGAAAAUGUUAUCAUUUUCCUGAUGGACCCUUUGUGGAGUACAAAGGAGUAAUUCCGCCAGAUCAAUUACAAAACAAGCAACAUGAAUUGGAAAGAGAGGCUAAUUCAUUAAUUUCUAGGGGUGGAAAGGUAUCAGCUUCUAUAUUAUCAUACGAGGAGGCUGUCCAAUGGUGUGGUGGUUCUCUGCCUAGCUACAUUUCAAAGGAUAGCACUCCACGUAUUGUGAAGUUUGGUGACCACCGUGGAUGCCCUUGUGGAGGGACUCAUGUUGCUGAUAUUGCCGAUAUUAAAAACUUAAAGGUCACUCAAAUUCGGAUGAAGAAAGGCCUUACCAAAGUCUUUUAUAGUAUCAGCACUUGAAGAUUGCUGCCGAACUUCAUCCUUACGAAUUGCUACAACCAUCAACAGUAAGUUUUACAGUUUUUCAAUUAUAAUUUCAUCUCAUUGUGGCAUUACACUCCUCUUGAAUAAUUUAUUGUAUAUGUACAAAAAAGUUUUAUGGUCACGAUGUUAAAGGGUUUGAAUUGACGAUUAA